AUGUGGAUUCUCCCUCUUCUGGGCUAUUUAGGCCUCAUCCUCGGCUUCCUCUUCCUCACCUUGGCCAUAGCCAGCGGCCUAUACUAUCUCUCAGAAGUGGUGGAGGAACACACAGUCCUGGCCAAAAAAGCUCUCACGCGCCUGAUUUACUUCAUCAUCGCCACCCAACUACUCCUACUCGCCAUCGACCGCUUCCCACUCCUGCCCUCCCUCCUCAGCAUCGGCAGCCACGUUAUCUACGCUCUGAACCUGCGCCGCUUCCCCGUCGUGAAACUCACGGAUCCCGUCUUCCUCGCGUCCUGCGUCUUGGUGCUGUUGAAUCAUUGGGUCUGGUUCCGCCACUUCUCCGCCCCACCCCCGAGCACCACGAGCAAUGGACGAUGGUCCGUCUACGAACGUCCCGAAGUCYCCACUUUUACGGAAAUCGCGAGUUUCUUCGCCAUGAAUGUGUGGUUGGUGCCUUUUGCGCUGUUCGUGAGUUUGAGUGCUGGGGAGAAUGUCCUGCCGAGUAUGGGCAGUGAGUAUGCCACGGGGAGGGGCAGUUCGUUUGUUAGUGCGGGGGUCGAACCCUCUAUUUCUUCGACCACCGGUGGGGAGGUGCAGGGAGGAGGGUAUGGGUAUGGAGCGGGAGGAUAUGGACCGCCGGGAGGUGCUAUCAAGACGAGGCAUAAGCGGAGUAAUACUCAGACGGGAAUGGCCAAGGCGGCUGUCAUGGGCGUGCAGGACUGGGUGGGAGAGACGGGGGAAUUGAUGGGCUUGUGGAAGGGGGAGAGGACGAGGCCGAUGUAG